AUGGCCCAGUGGCCCGCGCCGCCGCCGCCGCCGCCCACUGCCUCUUCUAAGGGGCCCCCGGCGCGCAAGCUGCUCUUCAUGUGCACCCUGUCUCUGUCCGUCACCUACCUGUGCUACAGUCUCAUGAGCUGCUACAGUUCUCUGCAGUUCCCACUGGCGCUGCAGGAGCCGCCCGGCGCCGGGGAGCCCUCGGGCGGCCCCCCUCCCAGCCCGCCACUGCUGCCCUCCCUCCUGCCUCCCCGUGUCCAGCUCGGCCCCUCGCGCCCGCCGCCGCCGUCCCUGGGAGCGCUAGCCAACGCUAGCCGAAGGGAGCCACUGGACUCCCCCCGGUCCCCCGGAGACGACUGGGGACCGGGGAGCAGCGGCGGAGAGGGGCCAGCCAACCGGGACGCCUGGAUCCGGACCCCCCUGGCCCCCACCGAGAUGAUCACGGUGCAGAGCGGGCUCUUCGAGAGGGACGCCCAUGAGUCCAGCACCACAGACGAGGAGCUGACUGGCCGGAGGGGGGGCAAUAGUACCAGUGGAGGAGGAGGGGAAAAGGGGGGCCCUGGCCCUGGCACCACCACCCCGGACUACGGAGAGAAGAAGCUACCGCAGGCUCUGAUCAUCGGGGUGAAGAAAGGAGGGACCCGGGCUCUGCUGGAGGCGAUCCGAGUGCACCCAGACGUGCGGGCAGUGGGCGUGGAGCCGCACUUCUUCGACAGGAACUACGAGAAAGGGCUGGAGUGGUACAGAAAUGUAAUGCCCAAGACCCUGGAGGGGCAGAUAACAAUGGAGAAAACUCCAAGUUACUUUGUAACCAAUGAAGCUCCCAAACGCAUUCACUCCAUGGCUAAGGAUACCAAGUUGAUUGUGGUUGUGAGGAACCCUGUGACUCGGGCAAUCUCUGAUUACACACAGACCUUGUCCAAGAAACCAGAGAUCCCGACCUUUGAAGUGCUAGCCUUCAAAAACCGGACCCUGGGGCUGAUUGAUGCCUCCUGGAGCGCCAUCCGCAUUGGGAUCUAUGCCCUACAUCUGGAAAAUUGGCUGCAGUAUUUCCCCCUGUCUCAGAUCUUGUUUGUCAGUGGUGAGAGGCUUAUUGUGGACCCCGCUGGGGAGAUGGCCAAAGUGCAGGAUUUCCUAGGCCUCAAACGCGUGGUGACUGAGAAACAUUUCUACUUCAACAAAACCAAGGGGUUCCCUUGUUUGAAGAAGCCAGAGGACAGCAGUGCCCCAAGGUGCUUGGGCAAAAGCAAGGGGCGGACUCAUCCCAGGAUUGAUCCAGAUGUGAUCCACAGACUGCGGAAAUUUUACAGACCCUUCAAUGUUAUGUUUUACCAAAUGACAGGUCAAGAUUUCCAGUGGGAACAGGAGGAAAGUGACAAAUGAGGCUAGAAAUUCUGGGGAAAGCAAUCUGAUAGUUUGAGGUGAAUCACUGUCUGAGAUAUGAAACUCUCCAGAGGGCUCACGGCCACAGCCUGGGAGCCAGGAAGCUCUCGACCUGUUGGGCAGGUUGCAGGGUUCCUGCCCCUGCAGAGCUGAAACCUUAAUGUCCAAUCAGUUAGGAGGUCUUCUUUUUGGGUCACUCUCCCUUCAGUUCUCCCUCAAAUCUGGUAUGUUCAUUAUCUAGUCAGAAGAGCUUGGGGAAGGACUAAGAGGGAGAUUGCUUUCAGCACAGCCCCCAAAGGCAAACAAUGUCUGCUUUUUACAGCCGACACACAAUCAACCUGACUCCAGCCAAGACUAGCACCUUGGUCUUAGCUAGUAGAUGUCUCAGGCUGAUUCAGCAUGAGGGCAAUUAAGAAGAUAAUCCCCCUUCCCCCACACACAUACACCCCUAGCGAAAGUCAUGGUUAAACAGGGGAGGAAUUUAGCUUGAAGAGCCCCACCCUUUCCCUUGCAGGGUGUCUGAUUCAUCCUGUGUUUGACAGCUCCUUAUCCUUCAAAUGACCUCAUUUCCUUCUUCCUUGCACAGGCAUAUUUAGCCCCUCCAAGUCCUCAUAGGCUGCAAGUGGCCAUUUAUAGGGAGGGAUGAGGGAGGAAUUGUACCUGUCUGUGCAAAAGACCAAAUGGCCCUGGGGAACUCUGACCCUGAAACUGGGGAGGUGAGGCCAGCAUGCCAGAGAUCUUCAGUUUCCCACUGAAAAUCCUCUCAUGUAUCCCCUUCACCCUUGAGGUUGGGACAAAAGAGAUGUGUCCCUCACUCAGGCUGCUCCUUGGGGCCACUUCCUCCCCAUCUAUUAUAGAGAGCAUGAAUUGCUUCUAGAGAGCUUUCAGGGUGGAGGAGCUCCUCUUCCAGUGGGAUGUGGAGGUAAGCUUAGCAUGGCCUCUCAUUUUAGAAGCAGGAGCCUUCCCAAGCAAACUUGAUUGUAUUGUUCCACUGACAAGCAGCAGAGCGGCCUCUCAGCUCUUGCAAGAUUCCUGAAGUGGUUGCAAAACUAAAACUGUCCAACCCUCUUUUGUUUGGGGUGAGGAAAAAAGCCAAUUUCCCCAGGAAGACAAAGUGUUCCAUGCUGCUUCUGGAUAGGAUUCUCCAAAUCUCUUGCUUAAUCUGUUGCUCAGGGCCAGGCAGCUAUAGCCUGUCACCCACAAGGCAUGCCCUUCUGCCUCCCCUUCCUCUCUCCCCCAAGGGCCUGGCAUGUGGGACACAUUCAUUCCCUGAAACUGACACUGUUCAUAUAGGCUAUAAGUAGGCCCUUGGGAACUUCCAGGCCUCGAAGCUACUGGAAUUGAGGCAAAUGGUACCAGGUAGCUUGGGGAGGGGGGAGAAGCCUGCUCUAGUUGGGCCUCUCAGGCCAGCUCACAGCAGCCAGCUGGCUGUAGUCAGAGGCAAAAGAGCUAACUUCAUUUGUCAGACUUUGAGGGGCGGGCCAGGAACGGAAAUGUGCACAUCAGGUGUGGCUGGAUAAAAUGUCCGUUCCCAUUAGCUUGAUUUGAUUAAAACACAGCAUUUGACACAAAGCACUUUUCCACAGGCUGACAAAACCAGAAGUCAUUCCAGUAAAACUGAAAAUAUGUAGUGGGGAUGAGUUUAAUUUUUCUCAGAUGUUAUUAAAAUGUCAUUUCUCCCGCUAAAUGAAAACUGUGUUGUUAUAAAAAUGGAAUGCAAUCUGA